CUUUUUUGGGCAUAUCUCCGUUCGUUCCAAGACUUGUUCCUGAUAUCUAUACUUCGGUCGCCAGUAUCUGGAGGUCUAUAAAUAGGAGGAUGGUCCCAGGUCGGUCUGACAGAAGCAUCAGCGAGAGCAAGAGCAAGAGCAAAAGCACAGCACCGCAUCAGAAAGCUUCUCAAUCCAGUUCAAUUCAUCAUGAAGGUCACUGUUCUCGCUUCUGCCAUUCUGGCCCUCAUCAAUGGUGCUCUCGCUCUUCCUGCCAACGCCCCGACCCUUGAUGUCACCCUGACCCAGGUCGACAACACUCGCAUCAAGGCCACCGUCAAGAACAGUGGCAACGAGGAGGUCACCUUUGUGCAUCUCAACUUCUUCCAGGAUGCUGCUCCUGUCAAGAAGGUCUCGCUCUUCCGCAAUGCCACCGAGGUCGAGUUCACCGGAAUCAAGCGUCGCCUCCUCACUGAAGGCCUCUCUGACGAUGCCUUGACCACCCUCGCGCCCGGCGCCACUUUCGAGGACGAGUUCGACAUCGCCAGCACCGCCGACCUCACUGAGGGUGGCACCGUGACAAUCCGCACCGACGGUGUCGUCCCCAUGGCCACAGACCGCAAGGUCUCCGGCUACAUCCCCUACCAGUCAAACGAGAUCGAAAUCGAGGUUGACGCCGCAAAGGCCGCCAAAGUGCCCCAGGCCAUCAAGCUCCUUGACCGCCGCACAAAGGUCACCUCCUGCUCCGGCACCCGCGCCUCGGCCCUCUCCACGGCCCUGCGCAACACCGUCUCCCUCGCCAACGCCGCCGCCAGCGCUGCCUCCUCCGGCUCCUCUGCCCGCUUCCAGGAGUACUUCAGGACCACCUCCAGCAGCGCCCGCGAGGCUGUCGCCGCACGCUUCCGCGCCAUUGCCAGCGAGGCGUCCUCCCAGUCCUCCGGCAAGACUACCUACUACUGCACCGACCCCUACGGCUACUGUGACUCCAACACCCUCGCCUUUUGUCUUCCCUCCAGCAACGUCAUCGCCAACUGCGACCUCUACUACUCCGAUCUCCCUGCCUUGACCCGCUCCUGCCACGCCCAGGAUCAGGCCACCACCAGCCUGCACGAGUUCACCCACGCCCCGGCCGUCUACUCGCCCGGCACGGACGACUACGCUUAUGGCUACCGGGCUUCCACCGCCUUGAGUGCCAGCCAGGCGCAGCUCAAUGCGGAUAACUAUGCCCUGUUUGCUAAUGCCGUGAACCUCAACUGCUAGACAGUCCGAAGACAGUCACAAGAAACGAGAGAUGAGAUAGUGCAAGUUCACUUUUAACAUACAAGUCAAUUCAUUCAUGUUCAUACUUCAUAGCAUACCAUAAUCAUCAUUUCAACCAUAACCAUAAGCAUAAGCAUACCCCUAAGCUAUUUAGGCACCAUUGUUAACCCUCCGACAAAUCCCUUCGAGGCAUUUACUCC